AAUUGUAAGUUGCCCUGGAUAAGGGGGUCUGCUAAGAAAUAAAUAAAUAAUAAUAUGUAUUUUUUCAUAUACUUGUACUGUAUUCACAUGCAUGCUGUGUUCAGGAACUCCCUGGUACCAAGAAAGAAUAACCAGUUCAAAAGUUCACCUUGCAUAUUUCGGAGAUGUAGGAGAGGUGGACUCGGGGAUGAUGGCUGAUUAAUCUUAUGAAGGGAGUUACCGGGGGUUUUGAAAAUGUUACUCACUUGAAGGAGAGGAGCUGUCAAGGCUGAUUAAUGUUUGAGAUUUAAUUAUGACUCUCUCUAAAACUCUGUAAAAACUAAGGUAAAAUUCCUAGUCAAGUGUUGCUCAAAUUGCUAACAACAAGCUGAUGUGAUCCAUGCUCUGAAGAUCUCUGAUCGAGCUGAUUGCUGUUGGUGUCGUAUUCAGAAGUCUUUGCCUUUGAGACAGUUUCUAUCCUUACAUUAUAUUCUACAUUUCCAUAUACUUGAAGGUAAGCACAUAUUUUGAUAUUGAUGCAUUGCUAUAAGGUAUAUGAUUUAUAUUUUAGCUCUGGAUAUAUAUGGGAUGUGGUAGGAUUUAGCGGUGGGCGUGUUUAGCUUUAUGCAUGCACAGCUUAAGGGCAAAACAUGUUAGAACCAUAAACGGAUUGAAGUAUUAAUGCUAUUAUACCUGUUAGGCUACUGGACAACCCAGCUGGGAUUCGAUGUAGUCUGUAACUCCUCAAUCCAUUUUUAAGCAUUUAAUAAACCGAAGGGGUACUGAUACUACUCUGAUUCGUCAAAACUUCAAAUCGAAUGAGUCUGUGUGAGCUUCUCGAUUAUUAAAAGUCAUCUGGAUACGUUGCAAGCCCAGUGCGCGAAUGAUCCACUUACAGGAGUCCGAAACACCUCCAUGUCCUCCUGAACGUCUCCCCUGAGUUCAAGAGUGUGCUCAGAGUAUAUAUAUAUAUAAAAAGAGUACGUGCAAAUCUGACAGUCUGCACCUGCUUAAAUACCUGAAUUGCAGGCAGGUGUGCCUAACUACAUUAUAUCUGAUACUGCAUGCAACACAUCUAAAUUGUGUCUGUGCCAAGGGAGCCACAAAACACACACACACUUCCUAGUGUGCAGGGCCUCUGUCUUUUCACAAUAUCUAUCCAUCUCUCUCUCUCUCUCUCUCUCAUAAACACGUGUGCACUCAGUGACUGAAGGAGGUGAUUGCUUUGUCCAGUUGUCUCUUGUUAAGGAGCUUUUAUAGCGGCAGUAUUUGAUACAGUCAUAUUGCAGGGUGGGCGUGUCUGUCUGUCCAUCCGGAUUACAUUUGAAAACAGCACGAGAACCGCUUAUGCAAUAUGUGGGGAAACUUACAAUUUUGAUAAAAACCGAUAUAGCCGUGUUGAUAAAACCCAAACCGGCGCAGUGAGUUUUCAAAUGGUUAUCUAAUAAAAACACAUUGAAAAAACAAACCACAAUGGAACUGUCUGUUUUGCUUCCUGCCUCUUUAUAAUCGAGCUUAAAGACGCACAGUUCAAUAUGACGCAUGGAAUUACAGUAUUUUUAGUAGAAGAUUUAUUUCAUAAAGAAAGGGUCUAUUUGUCUGGCACCGCGCGUCCCAGCGAGUUGCUACAGCUGUUGAAAAAAACGCGCCUGUCGUUCUCUUUUUUUUCUUUUCGUUAUUAACUUUAAAAAGUCUGUUUCAAAGCUCUUUUAAAUAAGAGUCGGCUCUGGUGCACUGGAGUUUGAGAUCUGACCUCUAAACCACUGCAGGAAGAGCGAUUUAAAAACCAAAACACACCUUGGAUCUGUUUAGGCAUAAACUAAGGCGUCCAUAGUUAUCUGAUAUUGUCAUGGUGCGUUUCUGUUGCAGGAAAUACCUUUGUGUUAAAACGGUGGAUGUUCUUGAGGGCUCUGGAGGGUAACCACGCUCAGUGAUUUCCAUUGUGAUCGUGGUGUAGUUUACUAGAUGCGCAGCGCUGGCUGUCCUUCCUUUUAGACCGCGCAGGGUUUUGCGAUCAUGGCUCUCGGGUGUUGGCUCUGCUUGACUGGGCUGCUCCUCGUCCAGCUCGACUUGGCUCAGGGCCUCCAGCUCCCCGAGCAGCUCAUCGUGCUCCGAGGUCACAGUCUGGUUCUGAAGCCUGUGCUGGGUACCUUCCCCUCCCAGGUCCACCUCGUCACGUGGAAACGAGAGAAGGCUGGGCAGCAGCCUGUGCGAAUCCUCAUCUAUCAGUCCGAACGCAACAUCACAAAUCCCUCCCAACCCUUCUCUAACAGAGCGGGCUUCGACACAGAAUCCUUCACCCUGACGCUGCGCAACAUUACAGCUGCCGACUCUGGAGAGUACCAGCUCACCCUGACGCUCCCUGACGGGUCCGAGCACAGCGCCACAACCCGCGUCGCUGUGUACGAGCCCCUCUCAGAUCCCAAGAUCUUUGCUGACGUUUCCUCCCUGCACUGCUCCGUUUCGGAGGGCUCUGCCCCACGGUUCUCCUGGCUGCUGGACGGGGCUCCCGUCUCAAACCACUCUUACACAAUCUCUUCAGAAGGACGUAACCUGAGCUUGAGCCCCGCACACCCCCACCCGGCUGUGCUGUGUGGAGAAUUCACCUGCACUGCUCACAAUGAGAUGGAAACCAGGACGGCCAGCUACAGCGCACAGGGUCCGCACUGCACAGUACAAGAUCGCCAUCACCUCGCCCUGCUGUGGAUACUUCUCAUACCCGUUGUACUGGCUGUGGGUGUAUGUUACUGGUGUUUCAGAGGAUCCCGACAGGCUCCACUAUAGUAGCUGCACAGACUGUGGGACCAGCAACAUCAAUGCAGUGCUUGAAUACCAUGUGAAAGAUGCUGAUUCAACCCCACCUGGACUACACCUUUCCUGCCCCGAGUCCGCAAGGAUGCUACACAGAAUGUGAAUUACUACGAACCACAGAGUCAGAAUUAUUAAACGAAGAAUCCCUCGUUUAGUUUAUUUAAUUAUUUUUUAAACGGUGCUAACGCUUCACUCGGCUGUUAACCUGCGGAGCUCAGCUCUACAGUUUUGGAUCGGCAAGUCAACGCAGUAUCAGCAACACCGGGACCGUGUGACAAUUCUACUGUUCCUGACCGGGACCAAAAAAGUGAAGGCUGAAAUCUGGGACAAUCCCAGAGUUUUCCUGGGAUUCCUGGUGACCCUAAACCAGGCUCCAAAACGGAUAUUUUUCCCCAACCAUGGGGCUAAUUGUUUCUGCUAGUUACUGAGUCACUGCACCAUUUUCAGACAGUGGAAGUACAGAGCUAAGUGAAAAUAAUAAUAAUAAUAAUAAUAAUAAUAAUAGUGUUGUUAUAGGAUAAUAACUACUAUGUAAAUACACAGUAAUUGGAGAUACUUCAUUUAGUGUUGUUAUUAUUAUUAUUAUUAUUAUUAUUAUUAUUAUUAUUAUUAUUAUUAUUAUUAUUAUUAUAUAAUUCUCUUACAGAAGCAAUAACUUGUGUGCAGUGUCUUUUUUUCACUAUUACAAUGUAUUUCAUUUCUAUAAGAUUGUAAUUCCUAUUGGCUUUAAUGACUGUGGAUUGUAAGACCUUACACAUUUGUAAAGAUGUAUAGAUUAUUAUUAUUAUUAUUAUUAUUAUUAUUAUUAUUAUUAUUAUUAUUAUUAUUAUUAUUAUAUAAUUCUCUUACAGAAGCAAUAACUUGUGUGCAGUGUCUUUUUUUCACUAUUACAAUGUAUUUCAUUUCUAUAAGAUUGUAAUUCCUAUUGGCUUUAAUGACUGUGGAUUGUAAGACCUUACACAUUUGUAAAGAUGUAUAGAUUAUUAUUAUUAUUAUUAUUAUUAUUAUUAUUAUUACUACCCUAUUACUAAUAGUCAGAGGCCGAGCCUACUUGUCUUGUCCUUAUGGAGUUUUCUGGGACCCUUCCCAUCCCUGCCGCUCCUGUCUCGUCCUGAGUUGUGAGGCGAGCGGAGUCGCAUCCUGAGCAGCAGGAAUCACCCUGUCUUGUCAUUUCAAAUGAUGCCGUCGCUGGCUGCAGACGCGCCCCGUCUCUGCCUCCCAGAGGCCCUGAACGGGGGGGUAUUGACUGCCGCUCGUCGGUUGCCACGGCGACCAGCGUUGUCUCCUUGAAAGGGCUGCCGGGUGACAUUGAGAGAUCGGCGCAGCUCUGCAGUCGAGCAAGGACCGGGGCGAUAAUACCAGCAGCGAGGCCACAAAAAUAGAAACACCCGCCAAAACACUGUCAACGGGGUGCUUACCUGGCUUUGUUUUUGACAGGGGGAGUGAAAAAUCAUCGCUGAUGUCAC